GGGGAUCUUGGUGUUGGAAAAACCAGCAUUAUCAAGAGAUAUGUACAUCAAUUUUUCUCUGUACACUACAGAGCUACAAUAUCCUUUCUUCAAAGUAGAUCUUAAGGAAAUGCAACUCCAAUUUGUUGCAAAAUCGUUGUGAUACUGCAAUGACUGUUCAUUUCACCCAAAGCUAGUGCCUUGUUUACAUUGCAUUUCUUCGCUGGUGUUUUAACAUCUUCUUGAAAGCGAAAUGUCCUUGCACUGCCUUUAAUACAUCAGUUAUAUUGACGAUACCGAGCACAACAGCAGUUACAAACAAUAUUCCUCAUAACAGUUGCACUAGUUUAGGUCACUAAACUUAAAAUAUCAAACAACGUGUAGAAACUAUACUUACAGAACGAUCCCAAUUGUUGUAAUGCUUCUAAUGACUGACUCAUUAAUCAAACCUCAUUUUCCAUUUUAUAGACACUAUCCCAUGACAGGUACCUCUAUAACCUUAUGAACUUUAACUUUGAAUACAUUGGUGUUGAUUUUGCUCUCAAGGUCAUAAAUUGGGACUCAGAUACACUAAUACGCUUACAGCUAUGGGAUAUUGCAGGUAGGCCAGUAGUAGAUUAAUACUAUUGUGUUCUAGAAGUGGGCAAAGCAAUGUGGCUGAAUAGUUUAUAGUGGUGGAUUUGAAAUUAGCAGACCUCCUUGAAUCCUAUAAAAAUCAGUUCCUCUGGUGUACCUCAGAAAUAGUCCACUGAUGAGGCUCCCAGAAAUUUUGAUCAUAUUUGAUCUUCUUUUUAACACAUUUACUGUGUCCCUAGUCAACAAAAAGGUUCUUAGAACGGAAGUGCCGGAGAAAUAUGUCACAAUAUUUUUGUAAUUACACAUGUGAGAGACCAAAGGAGAGGUGUUUGAAAUUAAAGAAAAGGGUUAGGAGACAGAAGCCUUUCAAUUUCAACAAUUUUUAAAUAGCUGUAUUUUAAACCCUAUUUGAAAAAUUCUACCAUUUGCAAAGAGUCAACCAUAGUAUUGAAAGCAACUUUGGUUAAGCCUUGUAAUAUUUUCUGAUUAUGUUUAAUGUUGUGGAAAUUUUUGUGUCUCUUUGAACAGGCCAAGAGAGAUUUGGUAACAUGACAAGGGUAAGUUUCUUUGCCAUUAAUUUUGUGCUCUCCAGUUGCAAAUGCAAGGGUUGCCAAAGUAGCUGAUCCAAGGAGACAACUGUCAAUUUACUGUUCCCCUUAAGGUUACAAUAGACCUUCAGGGGUGCCUUCCAGAAAAUGAUUUGUAUUCAGGUUGCUUUUAAUAAAACCAUUGAAUUCUGUAUAUCAUCUUACAGCUUUUAAAAUGUGGAAUCCAAAAAAAUUAAUACCUAUUUCCUAGAUAGGUUCACAUGCGCCUAGUUAAAAUUUUGGUUUAGGAGGAGCACUUAUUGGAAGGUGGCACUUGUUGAAGGGAAGUGCCUAUCAAGAAACUAUUAACCAGCUGUAAUGUGAACUUAAAAAGUUAAAAAUCAAGUGUCUAAAAAUAGAGAUUAUUCCAUGGGAGGUGAGCACAAAUGAUUUUUAUUUAUGAGUAGCAAUACAUCAAAAAAAGAAGAAGGGUGACAGUGCAGUGAACGAGUCAGUUUUUCGAUGCAUUGCAAUGGGAGAAUAAAAAUCAUUCAAGCACUUUCCAUGGUAUGAUGUUUUUAUUUCAUACAUACCAAGAUUUUUACUUACUGACCAUCACAUUUCAAAUAUUAGAAGCCAUUUGAGUGCAAGAGCAAAUUUUAUUAUAAACACAGCCACAGUCAAAUCUACAACAUGGUGCAAUAUUUAGUCUCUGUUGACAACUACAUAUUUUUUAUUUUGUUAUUUGUUUACACACUAGUUUGCCAUGAGUAGGGGUGAGGGCACUUUAUUAGAGUGUAUGCGCUUUUUGAGGAAUACAUUAUUUUAAAAGUAACCCAUGAAUCUAUGCAAAAAUAGAGCCUGAGUUUUUUACUCUGAAGUUUUACAGGCUUGUUACACCUCUUCAAAGAGGUUGUCAACAUGUUCAUGCUGACCAAUGAAAUACAAGCGUAAGACCCAAACUUCUUGCUAAUGUGAAGUUGAAGUACAUUCUCCAGUAAUUUUCUAUCAGCUAACUUGAACUCCCCCGUAUCUUGAAGCUUUAUCAGCCUGGUUCUACUGAUUUUUUCAUAGAUUUUUUUGUUAUAUUUUUGGAACAUUAUUUUGCCCCUUAGGUUUAUUACAAAGAAGCAGUUGGAGCUUUCCUCGUAUUUGAUGUCACAAGAGCAUCUACAUUUGAAGCAGUACAAAAGUGGAAGAAUGAUUUGGACAACAAAGUUCUACUUCCUAAUGGAUCUCCAAUUCCUGUUGUACUUUUGGCAAACAAGGUUUUUUUCUUCUUGUUGUGAACUAUGUUUGGCACAUGUACCAUUGCAAAUUAAAUAGCAAUAAAUCCUCUUUGAAAAUUCCUAGUGAUUGACACAAUUACCACCUGUUAGAUGGUGGUGCACAGUUAAGCUUUCACUAUGGCUUUUGCAAUGUAAUCUUCUUUUCUUGUUUCCCUGCAAAUGUGUCACUCUUGAGUGUUAUUGUGAGAAGCUUCUGAUGUCUGAGGGUGAUUUUUUAUGUUUCUUUCUUGUUUGUUUGUUUGACAGUGUGAUCAAGCAAGGGAAGGACUUGUCAAUAACGCAAGUCAAAUGGAUGAGUAUUGUUCUGACAAAGGUUUUAUCAACUGGUUUGAAACAUCAGCUAAAGAGGACAUCAACAUUUCUGAGGCUGCAAAAUACCUUGUCCAAAAGGUAUACAUGGAAAAUUAUUUUAAAGCUCAUCUGAUAAGCUAAUAAAUUAUACAGUGAUCGCAUUUGGAGAAAAAAACAAACUUAUCAGAGGUAGGGUGGUAUCUUGUUCUACAACUCAAAUUUCUUUUGAAGAAAAUGAACAGGAGCCAGAAGGUUAAUUAACUGAUUAGACUGAGGAAGGUAAAGGAUUUACCCACUUGUAGUUGACUCCGAAGAUAAUUCAAUUUCAUACACGUGAUCUUUUGCUGAGAUUAGUGUUUUUUUCUUUUCAUUUUUACAGAUUCUUGAGAAUGAAAAAGCUCAUAACUUUGAAAGCAUUCCAAAGGACCCGGAAACAAUGACUUUAACAAACAGUACAACAAUAACUAGUUCUCAAGAAUUCAAGAGUAUUCCAGCAGCUGAACCACACAAGACUGGCUGCUGUUAACAGUUGCUGGAAUGAAAAAUUAUCUGUAAUUAAAGGAGCUGUUUUGUGGUGUUUUGAGUUUUUUUUUUUUAUUAUUAUUUUUAGCGAUGUAAUAGAUGGCCCAUUUUAAUACAAGACAGCCUUGUUAGUUUGCUAGUGGGCUGAGAUGACUUAAAUUAUAAAUGACCACAUGAAAAAGUUAUCUGUUUUUUUUUUAAGUCCACAAACCAUCACACAGCUCUUUUAGGCUUGUUAUGACAAUUGUUUUGAUAAGUAAAUUUGAGUAGUGAUAAUCAUGGAUUACAAAAGUGCAAUUGCUCUCUACUAAGAAAAUAAUUUUAAUUGUCUUGAUCUCCCAGUAAUAUUCAGUCAAAGGGGACUUGUACGGUGAUUUCAGGUAGUGUCCAGUUAGUUGCAAAGUGCAAAGUUGAACAAAACAAUAAGUUUUAAUUACGUGAUAUCUUGGUAAUGAACUGAUACAAUGACAAUCAGGUGAAAAUUAAUAGUGGAACAAGAUUGGAAAAACAGCUAAAUUGUUCUAUUUCACUAAGUUUCAAUUGGAUAAGAAACUUUCAUAACUCAACAUGUUGAUGAUUUUGUGGUCUGUCUUUAAAAAGUAGUUUUUACUGCCACAGUUGUAAGUAGUUGCUGACCAUUUGGGCUCAAAGCCUUUGCACAUUAGGUGAUUGGUUGACCAGUCCAAGAUGGAGCCCCGACUAUGAAACAGCAUGGCAUCAUGACCAAAGCAAUAUGAUUAGCAUGUGUUCUCCUGAAAUGCAGUUCAACAAAAUCAAAGUUUUAUAUUUUUAAUGAAAGACCCAGCAGUUUAUAGUUAAUGUGCAUUUUUGAGGUGGUUAAUUGGGUUUGUGUUUUACAGGCUAUUAUGAACAUUGUAAAUUGAAUACUCUUCUUGAAGUCAUAAGGAAUUUCAAAAUGAGCCAGAUAAGAAACCAUGCAUCAUUCUGUUGUAAAUACAGUAAUUCAUUUUUAUUUUGGGAAUUUUGGUUUUGUAAGCAUGAUGUCUCUGUUACUUAAAGCUAAAGACAUGAUGAUCUUGAGCUUCACAGUCUCCCCCCCCAAAAGAAAGGAUACUUCGAAAUUUACCAGAUACAGUUUGACUUAUGUGAUGAAGGAUUAAUCAGAAGAUUGUUUAUGCAAUUUCCAGUCAGAGGGAAUUAUUUCAAGCUUUAAAAUGAUUUUUUUAUGGUGAGGUUUGGCCUAUUAUGUUAUCAACCAUAGAAAGAUUUGUUUUUAUAGUUACCUGCAUCGCAUAGAGGUAGUCUGUAGGGUGAAAGUACUGAACUCCCUGGAAUUCUCAUUAGGGUUGUGCCAUGUUGUUCUGCAAAUCCUGACCCCAUUUCAACCCAAUAUUCCAUUUUCCCAAACCAUUCAUGGACUUAGCCUUUAAAAUCUACACAUGCAUUUAAAAAUGACUUCUUACAGUUGUGUUAGAGUUUUGAUCUGCAAUGCUGUUAUUUCUGAAGCCUCACGAAGCUUAGUGCCAGUCAAGUUUAUACAUUUUCCCACAUUUCUCAUGUUCAUUUGGAAAAUUCAAAAGAUUGACAUGUUAAUAUGCUAUCAAGGGUUCCUUAAAAAAACCAAAACUGAGAUCAAACUCUGAAGCUGUUUUCACACCAAAGCAACCCAAAAUCCAAAUAUUCAAGGUCAGGAUAUACCUCGAAGGUUAUAACAUAAAUUCCACUCACCCUGGUCAGGAAGUUGCACUGUACAUCAGAUGGCUUUAUUUUAUCUGAGUUACUAAUUUUUUUAAAUAUUAUGUAUUAAACAUUACAGAAGAGACAUUUUUGUGAUACAGUUUUAGUACUGAUUAAUCCACUUUAAUGAUCUUUUUCUUUUCUGUGGUUUUACAGUCCAGUGUCAUCUACCAAAGAUGGACUUCUAGAACUAAAACUGUUUUUUUCUUUUUUUAAAAAAAGGAAUGGAUGUAAAGGCAUUUGGCAGGGGCAGAGAAGAAAUCAGUAACCAAAUUUGAGAGGGGUUUUUAAACUCAGG